AUGGAAAGGUACAUCAGCUUCCAGCACACCUCGACCGUCGCCUCCAUCCAAUUCAACGAUACCUUCCUGCUGAAGCCCUCAGCGUUGAUCCAGGCGAUUCAGGAGAAUCCUGAGAGCUGCAGCUAUGUGUAUCAGUAUGCGCGGAAGCUCCAGGCGAAGCUGAACUCUGAGGAGACCCAUGCGGCCGAGCACUUGCCCGACGAGGAGAUUGAGGAGUGUAGCGAGGCCACGGACGUCUAUCAGCUGCGGCACCUCAGCAAGGAGAAGCUGUUGGUCUACUUUGAAGUUCCAACCGAGAACACUUCUCAGGAGGAGAUCCUCGCCUUCAUCGAAGAUGUGAUGUCCGGAAAAAUCUGCGAAGGUGCCCACAUUCUGCACGAGCUGGCGAGGCUUUUCCCGGAGCUCACUCCGGAGAAUGGCACCCACGCGGUCUUCACCAGCGACACGGAGCGGCACCGCGCGCUGUCAUGCAUGAUCAGUGUGCUGUGGCUGGCCUCCAACAACUACGAGGAGUUCAGCCAUUGCCAGCCAGGCUCCAAGAAGCUACAGCCGCAGUUAUGGAGUCGCUUGCAGGACUUCGUGCACUGGGUGGGCAUCAAGGAGAAGCCUCAGUGGAUCCACGGUACUUUGGUCUACUUGGCCGUGAAAGGCCUUGGCCGGUCGAAGAGCUUGGCCUUGCAGCUGCCGGUGGAAUGUCAGACGCCCGAUAAAGUGGUGUGUCGACUUUUGGAGAACUACAUGAAUGUGGUCCCCUCGGCCCAGUACUUGGACCCAGUGACACACGAGCUGGUAACCUCUAUCUCAAAGUUGCACAUCAGCUUUGUUUUUGGCCAGUUCAUGCAAGCUGAGAAUACACCCUUGAGCUUGCAGAUCUUACGCCAAAGGGCGGCCGAGCACGACGACGCAGCCUACAAGCUGUUCCUCUUCUCAGCUUUGACUGGGCUGGCAGGCAUUGGUGCAGGACCAGGCACAAGUGGCUCGCCCUUCCUCAUCGAGCCGACCACACUGACAGUGCUCCACAGCUUGCAGGCACUGCAGAAGUUGCAGUUGCGGAGUAGCCAGGAGCGCCAUGAAGCAGCCGGCUACCUUUGUCACUGGGGUCGGAGCUUGGCCCUCUCGACCCACACUUUGGAGGAUUUGGCCUUCUUGCGGCUCGCGUGUAUUUGUCGCACUCGCGCCCGGGCGGCAGCGGCCAUGGGCGAACGCACUGCCCUCGAAAUGGCCUUCUCCAGCUGGUGCUCUUUGAGCCUGUCUGAACGUCAAGCGUUGACUGAGACUCGGAUAUGGAUCUAUGGGAGGCUUCGCCAAUGCACACAAGAACCACAAGGCCGGAGUUCGCCCUGUCGAGCCACCGAACUGCCGGUGGCGGUGGGCUUGGCCUCGAUGCUCGUUCUGCUGGUGGAGCUGGUGGAAAUCACCUGGACCCAACUGGGCAUCAGCGUUUUGCCCCACCAGGUGGAGGUGAACCUGGUGGACCUGGCGGCCUUCACGGCGGCCGUGCGCAGUCGCAGCGUGUUCUUCUCGUGCCUGGAGAACGCGAGGAUCAACCAUUCGGGGAACAGCGGCUAUGUGCUGAACAUGACCAGCAAAAACUGGUCGCGCACCGAGGAGGUCUCCAACCACGACCUGGCGGUCUCCAGCGCCAUGCGGGCGGUGCUGCGGGCGGUUGCAAAGCCCAAGCGAGAGGAGACAAAGGACACCAAGUUGACGCCACUCCCCAGCAUCAUCGAGAACACCGUCGUCGAAUCCAUGGUCGUCUGA